AUGUCCUUCAUCGUCACCGUCAUGUACCCCAAAACCGAAACCUCAACUUUCGAUUUGGAUUACUACAUGAAGACACAUAUGCCACUCGUACAAGAGAAAUGGGGUGCCCAUGGGUUGAAAAAUUGGAGCGUUACAAAGUUGGAUGAGAGUACAGGGUAUUCUGUGCAAGCACUUAUCUGGUUCGAGAGUAAGGAAGCUUGGGCUAAGGGAGCUGUGGAGGCACCAGCUAUUAUGAGUGAUGUACCCAAUUUUAGCUCGGUGCAACCUUUACUUGUUUUUGGAGAAGUGGUGGAGAAGGUUGUUUAA